AUUGAUAGUUGAGAGGCAAGCAACUUGACUGUAUCAUUGGACAAAAUCUUCUUUCUCUAAAAUUACUUAUUCCGUGAAGACAAACAUUUGAAAUAAAAUGAUCUAUGUGAAAUAUUAUUAUUAACAGUAACCAAAAGCCUCUGUUUGAGGUAGGAGUUGAGUUAAAUUUGCUUCACAAUUUUCGAAGUGUGAUAAUUUCCUGUUAAAAUCUUAAGUGAAACUUUGCUCAGCAUGCGGUUUUUUUUUUUUUUUUUCCUUCUAUUUUCAGAUUCCUUUACAUAGUUACAUACUCAAAAGCAGUCUGAAAGAAGCAGAUUUUUAAAAUGCCUCUUUAGGAUAACUAAAGGAUAAUUUGAAUUCAUUAUCUUAGUAUCUUUUGAUAUCCCAGUUAUCACUGACUUUUGGUCAUCACAGAUAUACAGCCUUCCCCUUAGAAGCACCACAUGGCCAUCAGGCUAACAUCAGCCUUUCUAGCUAUUGGAAUGCUGGAAGUGAACGGAACCCAGAAAGCAUCUCAUUGUGGCCGUUGUCCAGAGGACUGGUUAUCCUAUUCCAACAAUUGCUAUUAUGUUAGUAGUGAUAAAAAAACCUGGACUGAGAGUCAGAUGGCCUGCGCUUCUAAGAAAUCUAAUCUGACUAAUAUAGAUAAUGAAGAAGAAAUGAAGUUUAUGGACCUUCUACCUUCUUCAUGGGUUGGACUCUCACGUGAAAGCAGUAAUUAUCCCUGGUUAUGGAUAAAUGGCUCACCUUCCAACCAAAAGAUAAGAGAGAUACCAAAUCGUACUUACAACUGUGCUAUUAUAUCCUCAUCAAGCCUUCAAUCAGCCAGUUGUGCAUCUGCAAAAACAUACAUUUGUAAGCUUGAGACUUUGAGUUAAAACACCUGGCCCUGGAGCCCUUCAGGUAUCUUUAUAUUUUAUCAAAUGGAAAUAACACCAUGAUUGCAAAAGUCUUAUAAUCAAUUACAUUAUUUGUUUAACUGGAAGCUCCACAUUGGAACCCUCCUGGACUUUACCCUAUGGCCUUCUUCUCUUGGAUGAUUUUGAUCAGUACCCUUUUCUCUAAUAAAAUAUAACUGGGAGUAUAACAACUUUCUUGUGUUCCUGAGUCUCUAUAUUGUUAAACAUGCUUACUUACCUGUUUGUUUUUGUGACAAAAUAAAAAUACCUAAAUUAUUGCAGUUUUAUAAGAAAUCUGAAUAUCCGAUUUUGUGAGUGCUCAAAUUUUUUAUUCUUUUGUGAAUUAUUGGCCGUUUACAUUUUGAUACAAUUUUUAAUAUCAGCUUACCAGUUUCCACAAUGAAGACUCUACUGGGGUUGAGACUUCUUGAAUGAUGGAGGGUAGAUCUCUGUCAAUAUCCUCUAGAAAGGGAAGAAACUGGCAAGAAAUUUUCAUACCAACUUUUUCAAGACUCUGGCAAUUAAACAAAGGCUUGAGACAAUAUAGGGAGUAUUUAAUCAAGAAAAAAUGCGGAACCUCAGUAAGAAAGAUAGUGUCUGUGACAUUUUAUCUUGGCCUCAUGCCAAACCCCGGUAGCCAUGAAAACUAUCAGCUAUGCCACUACUGAAGAGGAAGACCAAGUUUGGAGCUCUUAAGAGUCCCAUAACCACAAAAUUGUCAACCUUUGACCUUUCUCAGUCUCCCUGGAAAACCCCACUCACAGUUCAUUGUGGAUAUUUGACAUGGUUCGAGCUAGCUCUGUGGGAAAAUUGUUUACUGAAAACAAUCAACAGCAAUUGUUUCAUAUUACAGUUACCUGAGGCUGCAAUACCAGUUGUGGCCAAAAGAGCCUGAUUAAAGAUAAAAGGAAGAUUUAGGGAACAAGAUGUUCAGAGAGCUUUGAAAAGCUCAUGAAUGUACCUGGGUGUCUAGAAGGCUGUGCCGUUGUACAGGGCUGUGUGCAUGCUGAGGAAAGAUCUCAGAAGGCCCCAAUCUCUUCUUGUGAUGAAGGGUCAAACAAUCGAUUUUCAGAGCUCCUUGUUCUAAUACGCACAUUUAAGUCAAUCUGUUUUUCACAAAACAUGCUAUCGAUGUUGUAAUUUUAGUUUAGUUUAUCUGAAAAUUAUGAGCACU